GUGAUGAUGAGCUUUGUAUUGUUGGCUUUUGUACUUGGGAUUUCUCCUCGGAGGCCAUGGAGCUUUCUGCCAACGAGCUCAGCAUCUAUGACAAGCUCUCCGAGACCAUUGAUCUGGUGAGGCAGACUGGCCACCAGUGUGGCAUGUCAGAAAAAGCCAUUGAGAAGUUCAUCAAGCAACUCUUAGAAAGAAAUGAGCCUCAGAGGGGCCCUCCACGGUACCCUGUCUUAGUGGCUCUGUACAAGGGUCUGCUCACUCUGGGCUUGGUGUUGCUGACUGUGUACUUGGUGAUCCAGCCCUACAACCCGCUGCCUCCUGAGGCGCCACUCUCCAGAGCCCAGGCCUGGGGCUCCCUCGUCGGCCACAUCCGCCUGCUGUCCCUGCCCAUUGCCAAGAAGUACAAGCUGGAGAAAUGCCAGGACUGGUGGGCAGCAGGUUGCAGACAGAACACUUCUGCACUUCCUGCAAACUGCACAGUCUGUUCUGCUGUGAAAAGCCUUCAGAUAGUGACAGACUUGACACAGCUAUCAAAAAAGCUCCAGAGGCAUCAGCCUUUUCUAAUCAAGACAGGGCAGCAUCUCUCCUAUGAAGUGCUGAAGCAUUUUCAGUCCCAGGAUCCAGAACUGGCAGAGGUUAUAAUAGAAGAAAAUUCAGCUGAAUUAUGGAGCUGCCCAUUUUUCUUUCCCUGGAGCAAGUCUGUGAAUAAAUCUCGGAUUCUGCAGGAAUUUCUCCACGCUUCCUCUUUGCAGUCCUUCCCCAAGACAGUAUCCCUGGAGAGCUGCUUCCUCAUCCGCCAUCCAGACUUGGGGAAUAAGAGCUACAGCCUGCACAGCCUGUUUGCUGUUGGGAGUGGGCAGCUCACCCUGACUGUUGCACCUCUGGACACAUGCAGAGGACACUGUGAGGUGUUCAAGGUGGAGCUGGAAGCUGGAGAUUUGGGUUAUGCCAGCAAAGAUCACUGGACAAUGAGCUUCAUGGCCAGAGGGACAGAGCCAGCAGUGAUUUGUGAUGGAGCUGCCAGCUAAGGAUGGUGGGGUGUGAAAACAGAGCUGUUCCCAGGAAAAGAAGAUUUUCAACUUUGAAGCCAAGGCAACGUCUUGAGAGGAGCGAGCCGGGGCAACUGGGGCAGGCAGCUUUGCCACCCUGCAUGUUUACAGUGUUUAAAAAUUACUAUUUUCCUGACCCUUGAGGUAAUCCUUUGCCUUUCCUCAAAUGUAUCUUGGGAGAAGCUCAAGCUAUUUAUGACCCUCCCUGUCCCCUCAGGUAAGCCCUGGGUUUUCAGCAAAGGAUUUUUUCUCCAGGAGCAGCAGAUGGAUUUCUCAGGAUGAGAUUCACCUUGUGUUCUUUGUGGAUUAUGGCACUUCUGAAACUUCCUGGGGGGUUUGGGAGUGGAUGGGGUGUGUGACAUUUCUGUGUACAUUCCUCCUGAGGAGGAAGCUUUGAGCCUGUGUAGUCAGGCCAGUUCUAUAAAGGGAAUGAAUUGGUGAUGUGUCCCAGCUCUCCCUCACAUCCGCAGCUAUGUGAGCCCUGCAGAGCUGGUCUUGGCUCCUGCUCCUGGGCUGGGGAGAGCCUUGAGCCUGAGGGCAGAAGCUCUCACCCACUUCGUCCUUCUUGUACCAAAAGAAUCCCUUCAGGCCUCUCUGUGUUGUGAUCGCCCUUCUGCAGCUCUGUCAGCAGGUUGUGAGUGAGUCAAAUGGUAAUUGUGCUUUUCUUCACCUCCACUUCCCUUCCUGCAAAAAGACCGACACGUGUUAGUGUGACGCUGGCAGUGCAGGAGUUCUGGAUGGAGCUGGGGCUGGGAGAGAGCAGCUCUGUCCAACUUUCACCUCAGACACCAAGGGCUGCACAGCCAUUCUCAGCUGCUCCUUGUUUUGGAGGCACUGCCUGCGUUCCCAGCUCACGGUACCUCUGGGAGCACCUGAAACCUCCCUCUUCCCUGGCAUAUUUUUGCAUUGACUCGUUCCAGAUCUGGAACUCUGUCUUCAGAAUGAACGUUGGUUUUUCCUGGGUCCUUUCCAAGCUGCCUUUGUGUGUUUCCUGCUGCUGGAGCAGCGCUGUCUGCAGUGCCCUGAGAGAGGCUCGGGUUCGGUGCUCGCAGGCUGCGUAUGCUCCGGUCCCCUCCAAGUCUGAUCCUUUGGGUCUGAUCCCACUGCUGAAGAUCAUUCACAGAUGUGUCAGGCUGAACUCAUAGGCCAGGGCUGGAGUUCAGGACAUACUCUCACACUUGUUAAUAUGGAGUUGGGAGGGGUUUUGGUUGACAGUGAAUUAACUCUGUUCUCAGGAGCAGGAGCUUUUUUUCUCUGUAAAUAUUUUAGGUACGUGUAAAAUGACAGACUGGGAAAAUGUCUGUCCAGCUUUUGUUUUUGAGGAGAAUGGGAGAAAACAUUGUGCUAAUCUGAUUAGGAGCUGACAAAAGCUGCCAAGUGGGAUGACCACGUCUGGCUCCUGUACAAGAAUAAGGCAGAGGACACUUCCUGCUCCAAAGAAUUAAGUCUGAGGCCUUGACACUACAAACAUUUCUAUGCAUAACCCUUGUUUUUCUCCUGUCAAAACAAUAAGAACAAGCCCAGCACCUGUGUCAGUCUGUGCAUGGCCCUUGGUGCUGAACACACACCAGAUCUAGUAGAACCAAAGGGGGAGAGUCUGGCUCUCUCAGGAUAGAAAAAGACUAACAUAAUUUGUUGCAAAGUAUUAAAGGGAAUUGGACUAAUAAAAUUUCCAUUAGUAUUCUCACUGCUUGGAGUGUAUUUCACACUCAUGACACUACAUUCAAUCUUGUAUAUGCCAAGACACACAUACACACACAGCACUCCCUUCCCUCCUCUUAAAGCCUGGGUCUUAGUUAAUGGAAAUUUGGGAUUUCAGUGAUGGCAGAAUUAGGGCCUCAUUAGUGACUGUUGCUAUUUACACUUUGGCAGCUUCUCAAAUCAAAUUCAAAGGCUGACAAGGUUCCUUCACCUCUUACUGGUUUUGUAUGUGACCCAUUUUUGUAAAGCAUUUGCUCAAAGAUGCUGCUGGAGCCAUUCUUGCUGAGAUUGCGGCGGUUGGUGACACUGUCACUGCUAAGUGUCCUUGACUGUAACUUGUAAAAGAGCUGCAGAGACAAUUCCCAAGUGUCUAUGAAAUGCCUGGAUUUGGAGAGUCACACUUAAGCCAUUGUGGCUGUCUGGCUCUUUGGGGAAGAAGCAGAGAAAAUGGAUCUAUUUACAGUUGCUGUUUGGGCUGGGAGGAGGAGGGGGAGGAAGGGGCAGGUUUGUGCCUGUUUAGCAGAAGUGUUCUCACGUAGUGCUUCUCCCUUCCUCGAAGAGUUGCAGCUGGUUGGACAGGAGCUGCUGAGUCUGGCCUGUUUGCAGAGCAGCCUUCCAAGUGCACAAGGGCUCUGCACAAGUUUCCAGCUCUGUCUCAGCAAUACAUUGCAUAUGUCCCAACCUCGCUCCCUUCGGAGUUUACAUCAUUUGUUUUCAAGCUCUCCGGUAUAUUUUCUCUUCCUCUUCCAAAAGCUGUAAGGAAUUAGCUGCUAAACUAGAACAGGAGGGCAGUUCUCCUGCUGAUAAAGAGCCGAUUUUGGCUGAAGUGCAGACCCCCAGUCUGCAGCACAGCUUCCAAAGCAGCUCCUGUCUCCAGCUGCCAGAGGAGUGGUGCUCACGCCUUGCACAUUCCACGGUGGGAAACCCAGAGGUGAGGCCACAAUGGCAAAACUGGGAUGGCCAAAGAGAGGUUUUGAUACCUUUACUGGAAUUAAGCCCUGGUCAUCUUCUGCAUCCAGAGCUCCAGCUUCAGAGUCCCUGGAAAGGCUGCAGGACUUCCCUAGAGAACCUGGUGAGGUGGAACUGGGGGGGAACAGGGCUGUUCCUGCAGCUGUUGAGGUUUCACAGCCAUGAUCAGAGGAGUCACAGAGGGGGUGUCCCACUGUGGUCUCCCUCACCUCAGCUUCUCUUUUGUACUGUCUGUGCUGGUUUGGACAAUCUCCCACUCCCACUUUGCCCAGCUCACAUGGGUUCCCAGUCAACACAUUUUAAAAUCCCUCUGUGUGCUUCAGAGUUCAUUGCCUGUGAGCUGGGAGAUGGAUUCCUCCCCAGCCCCCAUCCCAAAGGAUGCAAAGCUGUUCUGAAGUCACACCAGAAAUCGGUACUACCCACGAGCCCAGUGGGCAGAGGUGAGGAGGGGUCACUCUGCACUCGCCAGGCUGGAAGGACAGGGUGUCCCUGUCACCUGGGCAGGAGGAUCGUGGUUUAAAGCUGCUCCCCAAAGCAGGGGUCACUGACCAGUGCUGUCAGUCAGUCCUGAACUCAGGGUAACUGAAAGGAGGAGGAAGGAUUAUUAUGAUUUACUGCAGUACCAGGAAAUCAGCGGUCCCCAAGGGAGCCAAGCUGGCAGUUUCUAUUGAUUGUUUUUUUUUGCUUUCUUUGUUCCUUUUCAUUUUUCCCCUGCCCACUGUUACUGCACACAUUGAUUCCCCUGAGGGGUCCCUUUGCAAGGCCCUGGAGAGCUUUGAGUCAGAUUUCCCAUGAGCCUCCAGACUUCAGCUUCUCCCACCAAGAGCCUGUUUUUUGCAGUGUCGUGGAGGAGAAGCUGGUUUGUCUGGGCUGGAUCAAUGCACCUCUCUUCCCUCACGGCCUCCUGUGCUCCAGCAGCAACAGGACAGGGUGGGGAGCAGGAGAGCAUCUCAUGGUAGAGAUGUGAGCUCUGUCAACACCAGUGUCUUAGAAAAGGGGAUCCUUCUGCCUUGAAACCUUCUUGUUCCCUCCCUCCAGGAGGGAAGUUUCCCUUCCACACACCCCAGUCCCAGGUCCAUGUUCAGCCCUGUGGCCCCCAGGAGAACUGAGUAUUUCCUGGGGUGAGGCCAUUUCAGUGGGUGCACAAAGAGCUUUUGCUUCCUGCAAACAAAACUUUCUCCCCUUGGUAAAUUUUGUAGGUAUCCUCCUCUUCAGAAACCUCCUCCCUGUAAAGGGCAGAUUUAGUGUCCUGCUGAGUUAGACAAGGGAGAUGCUGGACUUCCCUUUGCUUUGGAGAUUCACACAAAUGGCAGGUGAUUUAUUUUUAGCACUAUCUCCUUAUCUUGGGGAGGGGAGCCACAUUCUAAAGGCUCAGAGGUGCUGGGAAGUAAAGCUAUAUAUGCAUAAAGACUGUUUCAAUGCUGAACACUAAAUUCAGUGAUGGAUUAAAAAAAAAAGAAUGUGAAUAUGCACUUAAUGCAGAAUUUUAUGGAUGGUCCUAAUUUAAUAUAUUGCAAACUUUGUAAAUACUUGGGAAAAGCCUGUAAAGUAUGUAAGUAAAUGAGAUUUGUAUGUAAGAAGAAUAAAAAAGUUUUUAAUUUUUGCAAUUAAAUACAAGUGUUAAUGACCCUUUUCCCUUUCCCUGAUUUUUAUUUUCAUGUUGCAUCUCAGCUAUUGAGGGGUUAUUUAACCUUUUUAGGUCACUUUUUCUAAGGGAAGUGUAAUUUUAAACGGAAAGAACA